CGGAGAUUUAUUUGAAGUAAAUCGGAAGCUUCAAUUGGCAUCUCUCAAUUCCGGCUUUGGUUAUACGUCUACUUUUACGUAGACGUUCGGUACAUUCGUUCCAACUUUAAUUUUUUAUUUGUUUAUUAAUUAAGUUAUUUUAUUUUUUUGUUAUAUUAUCUUUGCUUGUUUUUCAUAAUAUUAAUUAUUUUAAACUUGAACAUGAAUUUUGAAAAAUAUAGUGGUAAAAGACCAAUGUCGGAAAGAAAAAAUAAUAGGGGAGGAGGAAGUAGUUCUAAUUCUAAAAAUUUGCCACCUCCUAGAUUUAGAAUUAAUACUAAUGAUUAUACUCAUGUUGAUGAAACUUCUUUUACACGAGACUCACGACCUAUUGAAUUUAAUUCCGAAAAUGAAGUAGAUCAUGAAACUUUAAAUAGAUGUUUUACUAAUUUUGAGGAAGAAUUAGAUGAGGAAGUAGAAAUAAAUGAGGAAGAUGAUGAGACCCCUACCCCUACUAGUCCGGCUACCGAAUUACCGGAACAAGAUGAAGUCCCCUCUUUACCUACUUUUUCAAAGACCGUUGUACGUGUUAAAAGAUCUUUAGUAUGGAAAUUUUUGGUACAAAAUGAGGAAAAAACUACUGUUACUUGCACGAAAUGUAAAUUGAUCAUGAAACAUGUAACUACGGGUACACAAGGGGGAACGGGACGACUAAGAACACAUUUGAGAAAGUGUAAUAAAGAAUUUGCUCGCCUAGAUGAUAUAGAAAGGGCUAAUAGAAAUGGAAUACCUCAACCUGAAAAUUCUAUGGGAGCUGGAGGUUCUAAUAUGGUUCAAAGUGUAUUAAAUAUGACUAACCCGGCUAGCCGAAGCACACACCGCACAUAUAGUAAAGAAAAAGAUCGUAGAGAAUUAGCUAAAAUGGUUGCUGUUUGUGGUUUGCCUUUUUCAUUUCCUUCACAUCCUGGUUUUAUUCAGUAUAUUCGGGAAUUGUAUAACCCAGAUUAUGAAGGUAUUCCAAGAAGUACAAUUAAAAGUGAUCUUUUUAAAUAUCAAAAAGAAUAUUGUCAUUUUCUUCGUUGUUUAUUUGUUUAUUAUGAUGGUAGAUUAUCUAUUACUUCUGAUAUGGGACGUAGUCCUAAUGGUAAUGAUUAUUUUACAAUUACUGUCCAUUGGAUUGACCAUGAAUGGAACAUGCAAAAACGAAUAUUAGGAUAUAAAUAUGUUGAAGAAACUAAAACCGGUGCUUAUAUAGCAACAAAAAUAGGCUCUAUUUUACAAUUUUAUGGAAUAUGUGAUAAAAUAAUGAGUGUCACUUUAGAUAAUGCUUCUAAUAAUUUAAAAGCAAUUGAUUAUUUAAAAUGUAGACUUUGUCCAAUUGAUAAUGAUUCUUUUCAUAUUAAGUGUGCCGCACAUGUGUAUAAUUUGAUAGUAAAAGAUGGUAUUUCUCAAUUUGGAAUUUCUUGUGAAAAAAUUAGACUUGCUUGUAAUUGGAUUUUUAAAGCUAAAAUAAAAGCUAGAAUUACAGAAUUUAAAAAUCGUUGUAAAGAAUGUGGACUUGAAUAUAGAAAAGUUCCAAAAGAAGUAUGCACUAGAUGGAAUUCUUUAUUUGAAAUGCUUCAAGUUGCUUAUAUUUAUCAAGAGCCGGUACAAUUAUUGAACCUCCAUCUUGUAAACCUAGAAGCGAUGAUACGGAUGAUUGGAUGGAUGAUUAUCUUGAGCUUGAAUCAUCUACUAAUAAUGAUUUUGAUUUAUAUUUCAAUCAGGCACGGGAAAAGAUUAGGCAUGAAGAAGGACAACUUCAAGCUCCAAUAUUAGUAUGGUGGAAGAAUCGUGAAAAUCAAUUUCCGACCCUUGCUAGGAUUG